AUGAAGAAGUUUGCUCGCAGAGAUUUCAGAGGAGAAAGCGUGCCGUUGAAGGUUUGUGUUUUUGGUUUUGAUAAAGUCAGGUGGCGUGUAAGGUAUAUUUAUAGGUAG